CUCAAAUACUACCCUUUCAUCUUCUGUCGACUAGUGUUUGGUAGUAGUACCACCCUGCCAGCUACUAGUCUAGCACCGAUUCACCCGCAUUCACGCCAACUACUCUAUCAUACUUCGCGCAAGUGAAUCUAAGCUAAACAUGCAGCAGCAAACACCUUGGAAUGCUGAUCCGCCCCCUCUUCUGCACCCCCUGUCCUGGAGGUGCCUUGGCCAUCCAUCACCUGGCCUUUUUCUUCUCUGAUCUACCUUUCUUUAUUUCUUUCUUCUCUUGCUUCCGUGCCACCCUUCAAUCUCCCACUUCCCGUCUAUCUUGAAUCGGAUAUCCGUCUACAAUGUUGGUUUGUCGCCUUUGGCCAGUAUUUCUAGUACUGGCUACGGCCUCCGCUGUCUCAGUGAACCCCUUGCCUGCCCCGCGUAACAUCACUUGGGGAUCGUCUGGACCCAAGCACUUGGCUGGUUUUGUGACUUUACGCGCCCCUAACGACACCGACGACAACAUCCUCGCCAAUGCCUGGAAUCGCGCCUGGAACACCAUAGUGGACCUGCAGUGGGUACCUGCCGCCACCGAAGCCCCCAUCUCAAGCUUCCAGCCCUUCCCAACUGCAUCUCCCAAGGCCGCUCAGAGAAUUAAGCGCGUCUCAGCGCCCUCGGUGCAAUAUGUCGACGUGGAAGUGAAAGACAUCACUGCGGACCUUCAACAUGGUGUCGACGAGUCCUACACUCUUGAAUUGACUGAGGGGAGCAGCACGAUUGAUAUCAGGGCCGCGACGGUCUGGGGAGCGCUUCAUGCGUUCACCACCCUUCAGCAGCUGAUCAUCUCGGACGGCUCGGGUGGCCUGAUCAUCGAACAGUGUGUCUCAAUCCAAGACGCACCCCUCUAUCCGUACCGUGGCAUCAUGAUUGACACGGGACGGAACUUCAUCUCCGUCGGCAAGAUCUACGAGCAGUUGGACGGAAUGGCACUUUCGAAGCUGAACGUCCUGCAUUGGCACCUCGAUGACACCCAGUCCUGGCCCGUGCAGAUCGACUCCCACCCCGAGAUGAUCCAGGAUGCGUACUCGCCGCGCGAGAUCUUCACUCAUGCAGAUAUGCGCAGUGUGGUUGCGUAUGCCCGUGCUCGUGCCAUCCGGGUGAUCCCCGAAGUUGACAUGCCCAGUCACUCCUCGUCGGGAUGGAAGAACGCGGAUCCAGAGAUGGUAACCUGUAUCAACUCGUGGUGGUCGAACGAUGACUGGGCUCUGCACACGGCAGUCGAGCCGAACCCGGGCCAGCUGGACAUCAUCUACCCCGGCACAUACGAUGUGGUGCGGGACGUGUACAACGAACUCUCGGAUAUCUUCCCUGACAACUGGUUCCACGUCGGCGCGGAUGAGAUCCAAGCCAACUGCUUCAACUUCAGCACGUACGUGACGGAGUGGUUCCAAGAGGACCCCUCGCGGACCUACAACGACCUGGCGCAGCACUGGAUCGACAACGCGGUCCCGAUCUUCCGCAACUACAGCGCCUCGCGCCGACUGGUCAUGUGGGAGGACAUCGUGCUCUCGACCGAGCACGCGCACGACGUCCCCACCGACAUCGUCAUGCAGUCGUGGAACAACGGGCUGGACUACAUCAGCAAGCUGACAACGCAGGGCUACGAUGUCAUCGUCUCGUCGUCGGACUUCAUGUACCUGGACUGCGGCUUCGGCGGCUUCAUCACCAACGACCCCCGCUACAACGUCAUGAGCAACCCGGACCCCAGCACCCCGAACUUCAACUACGGCGGCAACGGCGGCAGCUGGUGCGGGCCCUACAAGACCUGGCAGCGCAUCUACGACUACGACUUCACCACGAACCUGACCGACGCCCAGGCCGCGCACGUCAUCGGCGCGGUCGCGCCGCUGUGGUCCGAGCAGGUCGACGACGUGACCGUCUCCAGCCGCUUCUGGCCCCGCGCCGCGGCCCUGGCCGAGCUCGUCUGGUCCGGCAACCGCGACGAGCAGGGCCAGAAGCGCACCACGCUGAUGACCCAGCGCAUCCUGAACUUCCGCGAGUACCUCGUCGCCAACGGCGUGCAGGCGAGCCCGCUCGUGCCCAAGUAUUGUCUGCAGCAUCCCCAUGCCUGUGACUUCUACCGUGACCAGAGUGCCGUGCACUAAUGAGUAUGUACUCACGACAUAAGCCUUUGGUGUAACAGAUCCUUUGUUUUGGAGCACCCCCUCGUUGGUUUGUGGUCAACAUUGGAUGAUCUACGGGCAACUUAUGAAUGGCUGCUACAAGCCGAAUCAUCUUGCAUAUGUGUAUAAGUGCUACUUAAUCAAAUGGCAUAAAUCCACGAA